AGUUCUGUAUUGAAAUGAAAACGCUUAACUACAUUUGCCAGGAACGUGUUUUCUCUCUUUCUGCCUUUACUUUUUCCACAGAAAAUUGCCUUUUAAAUACUUUCUGUUAUCAUUUUCACGUUUGAUGUUCUACUGAAAAACUUGAUACUUUAUGAGCUGCUGGCAGGUUUCCUUUACAGCCUAAUUUUUGCAACGUGGACCGAUCCAAGUCUCCUCAUGAACUCUAAGAAAGGCCGAGUGAGACUAUUAUGGGCUGCUGCCGAUACGUCACCGAUUGCUGCACCGUGAAGAUGGCGGAGGCUGCGGACGCACCACAACACCGGUUUUUCUGUCACUGCUGUAAAUGUGAAACUAACCCCAAACUCCCGGAUUUAGUCUGUCCCAGAUGUGACUCCGGCUUCAUUGAGGAGGUAGCAGAAGACUCCAGUCUCCUGCAGGGCAGCGUGCCAUCCUCCGGUGAAGAUUCAAACUCAUUGAUCUCGGAAUUAUGGCAGCUGCUGUUUAUGGAGCGCUCAGAUCUGCUGUCACACCCACCCUCCUCAGAGUCGGAUCCAGACGACAGCGAGCAGAUGUCUGCAGGUCAGAGCUGUCCGUCUCCAACAACGCCCGGUGCUGCUGAGGCCAGAGGACCAGAGCAUUUCUCCCGUCCAGAGCAUGAGAGGCCGCCUAGGCCUGAACAUUGGCCUGCAGUGGAAGGGAUUGUGCAGGAGUUCUUGUCCGGCCUGUUUGACAGCAACGGAAACCCUGGUGCUGCACCAGCUACACGAUCCAGCAUGCUACUGUUGUAUGGAAACCCUGGAGACUAUGCGUGGGGUCAGGGAGGUCUGGACACUGUCAUCACAGAGCUGUUAGGACAGUGGGAGAGCUCAGGUCCUCCCCCUGCAGAGAAGGACAUGAUCUCAUCCCUGCCGGCAUUUUGCAUUUCUCAAGAACAAACAGACUGCAGACUGGAGUGUCCGGUGUGUAGGGAAGAGUAUUCAUUAGGGGACUCUGUCAGGAAACUACCCUGCCUUCAUAUCUUCCACAGUGAAUGUAUAGUACCUUGGUUGGAGCUGCAUGAUACCUGCCCUGUUUGCCGAAAAAGCCUUAAUGGUGUUGACAACAGCCUCCCACCGACAGCAGAACCCCCAGACGCCCGCUCCUUCCAGACAGAGCAACAGGAGAGGCAGGCCAACUGAUAAACGGGUCAACAACUCUACCUCCUUCACUGUUUUCAAGAGACACAGAGACUGCUUUUAAAUAAAACACAUUACAUGCAUCAGUCAUCA